CUUUCAUUUCCACGUCCGAACCAAAGCCUUCUGUAGAGCGUGCUUGUAACUGAUGAAAGAAGACGAAUCAUUGGUUUUUGGAUUCAUUUUUCAGAAUUAAACAGCUGUUAUACCUAUUUGUAUAACAAUUCAACUCAGAAAGUAGAGAUCCUAUAAAUAGUGUCAUCAUGCCUCGAGCGUGCUCACAAUGUGGAUGCACGGAGAUCGACACAGAUCCGGCCCGUGGCGAUGCAGUCUGCACCAAUUGCGGCACAGUGCUUGAGGACCAGAUCAUUGUCUCAGAGGUCCAGUACCAGGAGAGUGGCGCCGGUGGGGCCUCUGUCAUUGGACAGUUUGUUUCCAAUGAUGGCACCAGGGCUCAAACAUUCAGGGGGCCCUAUGGACACGGGUUCAGCUCAGAGGAUUCUAGGAAACUGACUCUAGAGAAUGGCUACAAGCGACUGAAGGAAAUGGGGGGUCAGCUCCGUAUGCAUCAGAGCAGUAUAGAGACUGCUUUUGGCUUCUUCAAGCUGGCUGUAGCGCAGAGGUUCACCAGGGGGCGCAAGAUGGAAUAUGUGCUGGCAUCGUGCUUGUACCUUGUGUGUCGUGUAGAUCCCGGGGGUAGUGAGGACCUUGAACUGAUGUUGAUAGACUUCAGCGAUAUGAUUCAGGUGAAUGUUCAUGUUCUGGGCCGCACUUUUGUUCAACUUGCAACUGAACUCUGCCAAAAUAUCAGGAUUGUUGACCCAAUUAUCUACAUCCGUCGAUUUGCAAACCAGCUUCACUUUGGCACCAAACUGAACAAGGUAGUGGAGUCUGCCACCAGGCUUGUUGCGCGAAUGAAGCGAGAUUGGAUGCACACGGGGCGUCGACCUGCCGGCCUCUGUGGCGCUGCCCUCCUCAUCUCUUCCAGAAUGCAUAAUUUCAACCGCACCAUUGAUCAGAUCAUUAAGGUUGUCAAAGUGUGUGAAAGUACAGUAAGGAAAAGGUUGCUUGAGUUUGAUAGCACCCCAUCGGCACAGCUUACCAUUGAGGAGUUUGAUAACGUGGAUUUGGAAGAGGAACAGGAUCCACCGUGCUUCACUGAGGGAAAACGCAAGGCCAAACUGGCGCAGCUCGCUGAAGGCAAAAUUCCAGAGUCUACAAUGAAAGAUUUGAACAAAUUUCAAGACAACAUCAACAAAUCUUUAAAGAAGAAAGUUUUGCCAACAGAUGACCCAAACAAAGAAAGCUUUUCUGAUGCGGACAAGGCAGUGAAGGCUCUGGACGAGGUGGUGCUGAAGGGUGCAGCUGGAUCUGAUUGGAAGAGUGGCGAGUGGAAGGGGCUGGAAGACAUGAGCAAGGUCGAAGAUGUGGUCAAAAUUGUCUCUGCCCCAGAAGAUGAGUUGAAGAGUGGGAAGAUGUCUUUAGCUGAACCAGUCAGUGAUGACAAGGUUGCAGAGGAAAAAGAGGGUAUCUGUGCCAAAGUAGAGGAUGGUGAACUUGACCUUUCAGGGAUAGAUGAUGAAGAAAUCGACAAGAUGAUCAACACACAGGAGGAGACUCAACACAAAGCCAAAUGGUUUGAGGCAGAAUUCGGCGACUACAUGGAGGUUGUCAAAGAAAGAGAAGAAAGACGUCGACUAAAAGAAGAAGCUGCAGCCAAGAAAAAGGAAAAAAAUCCCAAAGCGAAGAAAAAGAAAAAGAAAGGUGGCUAUGACUUGGAGUCUGAGCUGGCCCAGUGCAUGGAGAUCUUGAAGAAAGACAUCAAGGAGAAGAAGUUCUCCGACAAGAUCAACUACAGUGUUCUCAACACGCUGGACGCUGCUGAGCCCUCCGAACCUGUGGUCAGUCAGGCUGAAGCGGUCUCUGAGGAUGACAAGCAGGUGGAGCUAGAGCACAAGCCCCAGAUGAUCAACAGGUUCAGGAAGUCUUCUAUCUCAGAGUCAAAAACAGAGAGGAAGAGGGCUGCUGCUAACAAGAGAGUUCGAAUACAAGAUGCAAUUGACAUUGAGCCAGCCAGAAAGGUCAAGGUCUUAGAGGAAGAGGUGGAGCCAGCACCAACAGAGAUUGUGGUGGAAGAACACAGUGAGCCCAUGUAUGCUGAAGGUCAAGGUGCAGAAGAACUGGCAGAGGAAGAGGAUGAAGAAGACUACGACGACGAAGAUGAUGAAGCGGAGGAGAAAAUUCUCAGUGCCAGGCAACUGCUGGGACAGGACGUGUCUGGCUAUGAUGAAGAGGAGGAAGAUUACUAUGACUGAUCAGUCGUCACAAGUGCAGUUUUCUCAGGAUGUGUUGUGUGUAGUCAACGCCACAAGAGCCAUACAUACAAGUCACCGCCUAUUUUUGUCAGAGGGUGUUCACUUCAGGACUCUACUACUCAGUGAGCAUACGGGCAAAGGUGUCUAUGUAGAGGUUGCCAUGGCUUAUGUAUAGUCUGGUUCAUAUGAGGUCUAAGUGCAGGGCAACUGUCAGAGAAGGAUGUAUGACCACACCCCCCACCCCACU